CUCUGCGCAUGUGCAUCCCCGCCUACUCCUCCCGGCUCGUCCUUCCCCGGCCUCCAGCCCCUCGUGGGAAACCUUCCCUGGCUUCCGGGUCCACGCGGCGAGGGAGCUGCGGCAUGACUGUAUCCUGAAGCCAUCGAAGGCUGUGUGACGGUGGAAGGUCUGGGACAGAGUUAAGAAGAGCGAGAACCUAAAUUGGUAAUAAAUCAAUAAGAAACAAAUGUUUACAUUCACUCAGUGAAAAGUAUCAUGUCUAAGCUCAACAUAUAUCGGAGCCACACAUGGACACCUCUGCCUCCUUCACUAAGAGCGGAAAAUGAACAGAUCCCAGGAACAAGUGUCAUUCAAAGAUGUAUGUGUGGACUUCACUCAGGAAGAGUGGUAUCUGCUGGAUCCUGCUCAGAAGAUACUAUACAGAGAUGUGAUUCUAGAAAAUUACAGCCACCUUGUCUCAGUAGGAUAUUGCUUUACUAAGCCAGAAGUGGUCUUCAAGAUAGAGCAAGGAGAGGAGCCCUGGAUAUUAGAGGCAGGAUUCCCAAGCCACUGCCACCAAGAAGACUGGAAAGUUGAUGACCUGAUAGAGAGCAGCCAGGACAAUGAAGACGAACAUUUUUGGCAACUUGCUUUUACCGCCAACAAAACAUUAAAUAUAGAUAGUGGUGCUAGAGUAAGAAAAACUUUCAAUCUGGGCACAGAUUCUGUUCCUUCAAGAAAUUUUCCAUAUAAGAUAUGUGACUCGUGUGAAAUGAGUUUGAAAAAUAUUUCAGGCUUAAUUAUUAGUAGAAAGAGCUAUUCUGGAAAGAAGCCUGAUGAGUUUAAUGUAUAUGAGAAAUUGCUCCUUGACAUCAGGCAUGAGAAGACUCCUCCUGGAGGGAAAUCUUAUAAAUAUAAUCAAAAAAGGAAUGUGCUCCAUCAUAGUCAUGAUCUCAGUCAGCCAAUUUUUGAUCAGCCUUCUGAGUAUAAUGAAAAUGGACAAGCCUUCCAUGAGGAAGCGGCAUUUUUCACAAACAAGAAAAUACAGAUAGGAGAGACGCUCUGUAAAUACAAUGCAUGUGGAAGAACCUUCAUCCACAGUUUAGAACUCAGUUUAUCUCAGAGAACUCAUUUGGAGAUGGAGCCAUAUGAAUGCAGUCUUUGUGGGAAGUCCUUCUAUACCGAUUUAAGAUUGGGACACCAGAGAACUCUUACAGGGGAGACUCCUUAUGAAUAUGACGAAUAUGGGCAAAGCUUCUGUGAUGACUCAACUUUCAUUAUCCAUCAGGGAACCUAUGCAAGAAAGAUUCCCCACGAAUAUAAAGUGAGUCAUAAAACGUGGGAAAAGUCAUCCCUCUUUAAACAUCAGAUAGUACACAUGGGCAAAAAACCUUAUGAGCACCAUGAAAAUAGGAAUAACUUCAGCAAGAAGUCCCAUCUCACCCAACUUCGAAGAGCUCACUCAGGAGAAAAAACCUUCGAAUGUGGUGAAUGUGGGAAAACAUUCUGGGAGAAGUCAAACCUCACUCAGCAUCAAAGAACACACACAGGAGAGAAACCCUAUGAAUGUACUGAAUGUGGGAAAUCGUUUUGUCAGAAACCACACCUUACCAACCAUCAGCGAACACAUACAGGAGAAAAACCCUACGCAUGUAAGCAGUGUGGAAAAACGUUCUGCGUAAAGUCAAACCUCACGGAACAUCAGAGAACGCACACCGGGGAAAAACCGUAUGAAUGUAAUACGUGUGGGAAAUCCUUCUGCCACAGGUCAGCCCUAACUGUACAUCAGAGAACACACACAGGAGAGAAACCCUUUAUAUGUAAUGAAUGUGGGAAAUCCUUCUGUGUGAAGUCAAACCUCAUUGUACAUCAAAGAACUCACACAGGGGAGAAACCCUAUAAAUGUAAUGAGUGUGGGAAAACCUUCUGUGAAAAAUCAGCUCUCACUAAACAUCAGAGAACUCACACAGGAGAGAAACCCUAUGAGUGUAACGGAUGUGGGAAAACCUUUAGUCAGAGGUCAGUACUGACGAAACAUCAGAGAAUUCACACGAGAGUGAAAGCUCUUUCAACAUCCUGAUGUCCAGAAGUCUCCACCCACCCUUUCAAAGUCUUACACCAUUUUUGAAAAUGAGAUGAAUGAGACCCAAAGAAUGCCUCAUGUUACUAGAAAGUGACAUCUUGUUGUACUUCAAAUAAUACUAGAAUGAAACCUUACAGAUAUUUUGAAUAUGUGAAAGCUCUCAAAAACUGAAACUUCAUCAGAAAAUUUAUAUUGAGGGGAAGUUUAUUCACUUAAGUAAUGUAAAAAUCUUUGUCUAGAAUUUAUGUUGUGUUGUAUUCCAGAUGUGAUACCAAAUUUUAUUGUAAAUACAGUGGAUGGUAUUAUUCAUUCAUACCCAGACUCACAGUGGAAUCUGAAGCUUAAAAAAAGUUCAAUCACAGCAGCAUUAAACAUUUAUGUGAGGAGUCUCUGACGAUUGCAGGCCCAAUGUGGGUGUAGCAAUGUAAUAGGAAUUGGAUGUACGCUUGAUUUGCAAACUGGAGUCCAAUGAACUUGUGGAGAAAAUAUCCCUUCAUUAAAUAACUUAUGGUCUGUAUUAAUGUUUCCCACACUAAAUACCACCAGUGUCUACGGGUUGACGUAAAUAUAGAUGUAUAUAUGUAGAUGUAAAUAUAUUUAUGCACACAUACCCACACAGAUGCAGUAGUGUGUUAGAGUAAGCCCGCAAUGGCUUGCAAGUACUGCUGAUGGUUAAAUUCCCAGGAAUUUUGUGAGCCAGUUCUUAGAACAUAAUCAUUAUUUAAAAAUUAAAUUAUAUUAAAAACAAAGGUAAUAAAUACUCAGCACUCCUUGCUUCCUAAUUAUUUUAUAAUAUUUUGCUAUUAGCCUUGUUCUUUAGGUCACUCACAGUAUCGAGUCUGCAUGGUGACAAUACCAUACAACACGUGCUCCCGCCCGUCCCUUCCCACCUCUACUCAGUCAUGAGGGUAGCUUGGCUUUAGUGGGAGUGUUUACACCCUGCAAAUUGGCAAACCCUACAAACCGGGGUUUUUAUUUUUUUAUUUUUUCAGACAGCCUGUUGUCAAAUAUUUACCAGCACACCGCUGUGUAUAUAUGAAAAUAUAUUUGGAAAAUUUAAAGUACAAACUAUAUACCUUACCCCCUGUCCCAUUUCCCGCCAUAAAUAAAUGGCUGUGGCCAUUAUCGCUGAACUGCGUCUUCAAUAAAGAUCCCCAAAUCUGUUUUUGUGAGGUUUUUUUUUAACUACCUUUACAUCAGUCUUCAUUGUAAAUACUACCAGAGCCUCUUCGUAGUUUGGCCAGUCUGUGCUGUGUCACCACCGCGUCACCACCCUCUUCUGUGACAUUGCUGGCGUAUAUGAUGAGUGAGUAGGGCUGUUGUUACUGAACUACUACUUCCCAAAAGAAGCCAGAUAGUAUUUUUCUGAGUUUUUUCAGCUGCCUCUGGGUCAGUCUGUAAUGUAAGAGCUGUUAAUAACAAUGGUAUCCCAUGAAUUUUGCACAGGUCUCCAUCAGUUAUGAACAGGAAUACUCCCUACUCUCCACAAAUAAAAGAAGUGCUAUGCGCUAGAAUGCCACUUUCAUUCUCUUGGUAUUCGGUUGUUGUAUCUACUUAGGCAUGAUACGUUGUAUGUGACCCAGGAACUGGAACUAUGUAAUUGUAUUUAAAAUAAUAGGAUGUCAUAUACUGUCUCUUCCUCCUUUGUCCUGUUUCCUGUGCCUCCUUGGAACACACUGAUCAGCGGUUCCAAGGACACUGCCCACCCAGCACCCAUUCUCUACUUCUUACUUGCUGGGCUCUGUUUUGUUUCUCUUCCCAUCCCCCAUUCCCCCACCCCCAGGCAAUUUAGGAGUAAAUCCAGAUUAAGUUAAUCAUGGAGAUGCUAUUCUAAUGAUUUUGUUGGGAUGGACACGUGAGCAGUGAGAUGUUUGGAAAAUAUUCUGCGGUACUUCUGGGAAAGAUCUCAGUGAUAAAAUAUUGUCAUGGCAUGAGAAGACACAAGGAGAGAUUGUCUCUCUUAUGCUGGAUUUUUUCAUGUGUGUAUGUUGUACCAAAUUAUAGCUUGUGGCCCUGAAGGGCAAUAGCCUGAAGAGAACAAUAGACAAAAUGGAAAAAGCCUGGCUCAGAGGUGAUGUCAUAGAGCUGCACAACUCCAUCUGGACCUGUUUUCUGCUAGGACUUUACAUUACUGCAGUAGUAAUGGUUUCUUAUUGAUCCUUAGGGCUGUCUGUCACUUAGAGCUGAAGCAUUCCAGCUGGUACCGACACGUACUUAGUUCUAAAUGUUUAUGUUCUAUACAGUGAUUUGGUGGAAGAAUGAUUUCUUUUGACAAGUUAAUACAGGGAUAGCUCUUUGUAUCAGCCUUGGUUCUGAUGAAAACCAGAAUGCUACCCCAACUAAGAUUCUGAUGGCAGACUUCUCACAGCGGUUUGGGCCAGAAACAAGGAAUACUGAAGCGCCUAGGGGCUGGCAUCACUGAGAAGCCAUGACCAGUCUAAAUCCUAAAGGGGCGAAGGAUGGAGACAGGUGUCACCAGAGCACAUUAAGAGCUGCUCUCACGGAGGAGAGACCAUCUCCUAGGAGACACUGUCACUACCAGAAUUGUGGCACUGGAUUGCUGGUGCCUCCCUUUGGAGUACCCGGCCCGGUGCUACGUGCGGGUUAGCUGAGGUGGGCACAGAGAAAGGGGACAGCAGGUCUGGGAAGAGCUAAUGGCUGAUGAGCUGCUCAGUGUGUUUUCAUUUCUGUAAAUUCCUAUGUAAAGUCUCCGUAUUAGAAAUAAACUUACUCUACUAGUUGAAAGUUCCAUA